GCGCAGUUGUUGGGACCAUGGCCGCCGCCGGCAUCCUGUAUAUGGAACACGAGACUGAGAAUAAUAGCUUAGAAUGUUCCUGAAGAAGAAAGUGUUUCCUCUGAGGUAGAAAUGGAAGGAUUUACAAGAGAGGCUCCCUGCUUCCCCAUUUUAGGUGAUAAUUGGGACUGUGAGAACCAGGAAAGAAAUUUGAGGCAAUCUCCUUUAAUUGAUGAGAAAACAGAGGCGCAGGAAGCAAAUUGUGGCCAUGUUAAUUUGGGGGAGCAUUUGAGUACAAACCCAGCCCUUCUACCCUCUCAGAGAGUUCCUGGGACAAACGGCUUCCAUGUUUAUAACUCAGAUAUUAAAACUUUUGAUUGUGACCAAACCUUACAUAGUUGCCCCCAAAGUUAUGCAGUUAAGGGAACUGCUGACGGUGAUGCUUGUGAGAAAGCCACCCAACCUUCCACGGAAGCCACUCAACUUGUAAGAAACCAGGUGAGAGAUAAACCCUACAAAUACAUAGAAAGUGUUAAAUCUUUAAACCACUUUACCACUGCCCUUUGUGAUAAAAAAAUUAAGAAAAGAAGCAAGAAAUUUUAUAAAGGUAAGGACUUUGGUGACAUCUUAGCCCUGAGCUCAUCUCUUAAUGAAAAAAGAAGUCAUCCUACUGAGAAACCGUAUAAAUGUGCUGAAUGUGGCAAGUGCUUCAAACGGAACUCUUCUCUUGUUUUACACCAUCGAACUCACACUGGCGAGAAACCUUAUACCUGUAAUGAUUGUGGAAAAUCAUUCUCCAAGAACUACAACUUGAUUGUACAUCGAAGGAUUCAUACAGGAGAGAAACCCUAUAAAUGCAGCAAGUGUGGGAAAGCUUUCAGUGAUGGGUCAGCACUGACACAACACCAGAGGAUUCACACAGGUGAGAAGCCUUAUGCAUGUCUAGAUUGCGGAAAAACGUUCAACAGAAAUUCAUCCCUGAUUUUGCAUCAAAGAACUCAUACAGGGGAAAAACCAUAUAGAUGUAAUGAAUGUGGGAAGCCCUUCACUGACAUUUCUCACCUUACGGUGCAUCUCAGAAUCCACACUGGUGAGAAGCCGUAUGAGUGUAGCAGAUGUGGAAAGGCUUUCCGAGAUGGCUCAUACCUCACUCAGCAUGAGAGGACACACACUGGAGAGAAGCCUUUUGAAUGUGUAGAGUGUGGGAAAUCCUUCAGUCGCAACUCUCACCUCAUUGUGCAUCAGAAAAUUCAUUCUGGGGAGAAACCCUAUGAAUGUAAAGAGUGUGGGAAAACUUUCAUUGAGAGUGCAUAUCUCAUCAGGCAUCAGAGGAUUCACACUGGUGAGAAGCCUUAUGGUUGUAACCAGUGUCGUAAACUCUUCAGGAACAUUGCUGGACUUAUCCGGCACCAGAGAAUUCAUACUGGUGAAAGGCCUUAUGAGUGUAAUCAGUGUGGUAAAGCUUUUAGGGAUAGCUCCUGUCUGACCAAGCAUCAGAGGAUUCACACUAAGGAGACUCCAUACCAGUGUCUGAAAUGUGGAAAGUCCUUCAGACAGAACACUCACCUGGUAGUACAUCAGAGACUUCAUAACAGAGAGGGUCCCAGCCAGUGUCCUCACUGUGGGAAAAUAUUUAGAAGGAGCUGGUGUCUUGCCCGACAUCAGAGAACACACCUUGAAGAGCAGCCCACGGAAACAUAAUGGACAUGGGCCAUACUCUCCUUGAGUGAACAAAGGAUUUGUUUUCAGAUGUGACUUCCCUUGCUAACAGAAAAGAAUUCUUUUUAUAUAUAUAAAAAUUAAAUACGAGAUAUUCUAUAAUUGCAUUAACACUGUUAUUAGGGAACUCCUGAAGAGAGGAUUGAGUGGUAGUCAAUGUAGUAAAGGCUUCAGGGAUGAUUCAGCCUAUACCAAACAUGUAGUGCAUACACUGAAAUAAAGCACCUGUCAGCAAGGAAGGCAUUUUCCUAGAGAUACUCAUUUAUCUUUACAUCAGGAUACUGAAAUUGGAAAGAACCUGUGAAUUCAUUCAGUAGGUAACCAGUAGGAGACAUCUUUAAUAGUAUCACCUUAUUGUAUACAAGCAAAUGUUUAUUAUAGAGUCAAAGCUUGGAAGUGUUAGACACUUUUGUCAGUUUGUACUUUCCUGUUUCCAUAAAGGCAUAGUGGUGGGAUGUCUUACCCAGUGCUCUAUAACCUACCACAGGCUGUAGCUAGGGUUUUCUGUUUGAAUGCACUUGUGUUUUAUGGUCCUGCCAGAGCACAGAUGACUCAUUUAGUGAGGUGAAACUGGAUAGAGGAGUUGCUUGUGAUUGAAAGGAAGUUGACCCUCUUAAGACUAAAAUACUCUCCAUGGUGGAAAGGGCUGCUUCUAAGAAAUAGGAUCCAUUGCUUUAGGCGUUGAACAAGAAAAUAUUGAAUUGUAUUUCAGUUAUCACCUGCCUUCACUGUUGUUGAUUAUUUCAGAUACUAAUUUGUGUAGCGUUCAGGUCCUUUGAAGCAAAAUCCAAAGGUUUCAUUGCCAUCCUAAAAAUACUCGGAUCAUUGCAAAAGAAGGUGUAAAAGUAGAUUUAUUGUUGCUAUAAUUAUGUUCGUAUUUGGUUGUAGGUUAGCAGUGGAAGAUAGAAUUAAGUGGCUUCUUAGGAGACUACAAUUGUGUUCUUUUUCCUUUUUAUUUAUACAUUUUUAUAUAAUAAUUUGGUAAUGUAUAUAAAAGUGAAGCUAAAAGGAAACAAAUUUGGAGUCUCUUAGAUCUUUGCCAGUGGAUAGAGGCCAAAGAUACUGUCAGACAACCUACAAAGGCUAGAUCAUGGCUACAGGAAGCCAUAGGCAACUCCAGGUGUAUACUGACAGAUGCUGCUUUGGAAUCAGAGCAUCCCGAGGCGUAGAAUCAUUUCUUUUGGAAUUUUGGAUAUAAAGAUUAUGGCAUUAUGGAGGGAGAGGUAUAAGAGUCUAAGGAUAGGGAAGAGAAAGUUAAAGAAAAAUCUGGAAUAAUCUUACCAUGUCCUUUCUCAGUGCAGUGUUAGCUGACUGAAAGCUAGUCAGUUUGGUUGAGAGCUUGAAAGGCCUUUGAUUCCUCCUGGACAUUUUGACUUGAUCCUGUCUUCUACCUUUUGGUUCCUGUGAAGAGAGAAUCAUAAGCCUCUUUUGAGAUGAUUAAGACUGUUGAGUAGAUUCAUAAGGAAGUUAGACAUCUCAGUCUUCUGUAUGCAUGCCCUUGACAGCAAGAUGGUUAUCGUAUGAUGGGGAUGGAGAGAUAGUGGUAGAGAGCACUUGUUAUUCUUCCAGAGGACCUGGGUUUGGUUCCUAGCACCCGUAUGAUGGGGAGGGACUGGUGCCUAGUGAGUAGAGGCCAAAGAUAUUGUCAGACAUCCUACAAAAAUAGUCCUUGGAACAGUUAUUAUCUCAGAAUAUUAUUGAGUACUGUGAUUGGUAUACACACACACACACACAAACCCCACACACAAUCAUUUGUAACUUACAGAUUGUCUCUAUAAUGAACAAGAAAAUAUUGAACUGUAUUUUAGUUAUCACCUGCCUUCACUGUUGUUGAUUAUUUCGGAUACUAAUUUGUGUAGAGUUCAGGUCCUCUUGUUAUAUGUAUGAAUAAGGCAUUAGCAAAUACCUAGUGGACUGUCUAUAUCACUCAAGGGUGCAACACUUUGGUGUCUGUUAUUCUCAAGUAAAACAUGCAUGUACCAUUAGGUUAGUAGUGUCCCUGCUUCUUGAUACUACAUUUCAGAUUCUGGAACAAGAAAUCAUCUCUAGGCCAGCUAUGGCCUGAGGGAAGCACCGAAAGGAAGAGGUGUCAACUCUGAAAUUGUAGUAAGUUCACAUGGGAUUUGUGUGAGGGUGAAUUGUUUCCCCUUGCUCUUUUCUAAAGCGAGUUUUCUCAGAUGAGCAGGGAAAACUGCUCUAGUGAAAAUAACGACUGUAUAGAAGAUGGACACUUUUGACUAAAGAGGGAAAGGUGAGAUUUGAGUUGGGAGAGUUCCUGAUGACUUCCAGUGCAACCUGGGCAAUUUUCAGUUGUAGGCCUGACUGGGGAAUAGACAGGAGAGUAUACUGGAAUAUCAGGACGAGUAUCACUUAAUCACACAGCCCUUAAAUAGGUAGAGAAAACUUGGGCUGGAAUCAGAUGGAGAAAGUGAAUAUAGAGUAUUUCAAAGACUGAACAUUUAUUUUACUUUUCCUGACUUUGAACAGUGCAUAACUUACUGUUCCUGGCUUUAAGGCUGGAGAAUCCACAUAUGAGUGGCUUCUGAAAGCCAGAGAGGCAAGAAAAUGGAUUCUUCCCCAGAGUCUCCCCAGAAGGAACUAUUCCUGUUCUUACAGUCUAUUGAAUAACCGAUGUGUGGUUUUAAGCCACAGUUUUUUUUUGUUUGUUUGUUUGUUUUGUUUUGUUUUUUGUGGUAAUUUGUUAUAUUAUCUGAAGGUGAUAAACUUCACUUGAUAGUUCUUUUUAGACUCCUGACUGAAGUGUGUUCUCUUACCAAGCAAGUUAAGUAAACCAACCCUUUCCACUCCAUAGCUACACAUUUUUUUUUAAAGGAAAAGAAGACUUAUUUUGCCUCUUUUGGCCUCUGUGAGUUCACCACUUUAACAGCCUUGAAUUUUAUUACUCGUUUAGAGAUUUAAAUACUAUGGAUGUUCAUGGGCAUGGUGGCAUACACCUUUAAUGCCAGAACUCAGGAGGCAGAAGCAGGUGGAUCUCUGAGUUUGAGGCCAGCCUGAUUUACAAAGUGAAUUCCAGGACCGCUAGGGGCUACCUAGUGAGACCCUGACCCAAACAAUAGGAAAUAAUAAAAUAAGUUCUGUGAGUAGCCAUUUGUGGAAAGAAAUCUCAGAAAAGAUAGAGUAGCUUUCUUGUAACUUUAACCCCACCCCCGUCUACUUGGUUGGCCAAGAAGAAGGCAAAUUUCAGCGUCAUCAAGCAUGCCCAGAGCAGAUUCUACCUCCAACAUGGAGAUGGGGAACAUUUAAAAUUAUGGUCAGUGUCUUAACUAGUUAACAUUAGCCCAUAUCCUUUUGAUUUUCAAGUUAUCAGUGCUCAAGUAUGCCUGCCUGCAGAUUGCUCGUCAACUUCAUGUCUUUCUUAGUUCAGCAGCUGUAUAGAGUACUUGCAGUAAGAGUUGGUACUGUAGCAGAAAGCAGAACAAGGUGUUUGCAGUUCAGCAGGGCAGAAAAAUAAUUGCACAGCAUGUAUCAGAUGGUGGUUGAUGCCUGAGAGAAAAGUAAAGCUGAGAAAGGGGAUGGGGUGUCUAUGUUGGAUAAAUAUGAUUACAGUUUUAAAAAGCUUGAUCAUUCAUUUCCUUUCCCAAUGAAAGGCAAUUACAUGUGUGACAUGUGAGGGGUAUGAUGUCAUGCAACAAGAGGUUAGGAUUUAGGGAGGAGAAACCUUCCACCAUGUGAGUUACAGGGAGGAACAAUUAAGUCAUAGAUGGAACUUCUUCAUGAGUCGCAGUUAAAGAAAUGGUUUCAUUGCAGAGACAGGUGUGGAGAACAAAACUUUGUGCAAGGGUAAACCCAUUUACAGGAAAACAUCUAAUCUAUGAUUCUGAAGAUAAUGGUUUCAGAAUAUGAACAAUGAAGUCCUAGCAAAAAAAUAACAAGUAAAUAAGUUUAUACUUGUAUCUAUGCUUAAUAACCAAAGGUAUUCAGCAUUAAUGGUCAUUUCUGAUAAAAUAGACUAGUGUUCAAGUUUUAAAAAUUAAAGGGACUAUUCAGUGGCUCAUGUUAUUCUCACAAGUUCAGUCACUUCCAUUCUGUAAUUUCAGGACAUUUUUCUUUCUUUUUUUUUAAGAUUUAUUUAUUAUUAUACACAAGUACACUGUAGCUAUCUUCAGACACACCAGAAGAGGGCAUCAGAUUUCAUUAUGGGUGGUUGUGAGGACAUUUUUCAUUAUCCAUAGAAAAGCCCUUUGUACAUAUUAGCAUCCUCCCAUUCCUCUGACUCGGUCAAUCACCAGUCUCUUUUCACUGUGCAUUUGCCAAUUCUUUACAUUGUACAUCAAGGAAAAGUAAGACAUGUGGCCCUUUGUAACUUCAUUUCAUUUAGCAUAAUGUUCUAAAGGUUCAUGUUGUAUGUUCAAGGUCCUUUUUGUGGCUGAAAAAUAUUUUGCCAUAUGAUUAAAACCGUAUCUUGCUUAUUGGUUGAUGGACAUUUCAGCUUUUAUUUUAUUUAUUUAUUUAUUUUUGGCUACUAAGAAUAGUACUGUCCUGAAAACAUACAAACUCAUGUGCCAAUUUUUAGUACUUUUGGGUAGAUACUUAGGAGUGGAAUUGCUGGAUCUUUGUUUGCUUUUUUGAGGAAAUGAUGUUCACUUUACGUUUGAUGUAUGACUACUUUGACUUCUUCAUGUCCUUACCAAUAUUAAUUUAUUUUUUUGCCCUAGUGGUGUGAAGUGUUUUCUUGUGGUUUGGGGAAAAUAAUUUAUAUAGUUAAAAUCUAUACCUUAUCCCACAGAUCAGCAUUUUUUUUUUUCUGCAAGGGAAAAGUUGUAUUUUAAACUGUGUUCAAUAUCAUUUCUGCUGCAACUACUCAGCCACAGAUGACUGUAAUGUGGAAGUAGCUAUAGAUAAUUUGUAGGCAAAUGUGUGUGGAUGUGUCCAAUAAAAUUUUACGUAUGGACUCUGAUUUUUUAAAAUUGUAUUUCACAGUGAAAAUUACAGAAGAUUCAAGUUUCAUUUUUUAAAGUAGCCAGACUGGUGGUGCUUACUUGUAAAUCUCAGCCCUUAGAGGCAGUAACAGGAUGAUUGCCACAAGUUCCAGUCAGCACGGACUACAUAAACAGUCUCAAAAACAAAAAAAAAAACAAAAGCAACCAAAAGACAAAACUAUAAUAAAAUACUCUUUGUCCAAAAACACAAGAUUCGGAGUAGCAUUUAUCCAGGGGCUAUAGUUUGAUAGACAAACUAUUUAAAUGGAAAGGUGGCUUGAAGCUUCUAGUUGAGAAUAUCAAACUUUUUUUUUGGUCAUCUUGGAUAGGCAAACAUUUAAAAGUGAAAUGGGUAUCAGAGAAAGGUUAUAGUAAAUUUAAGAAUUCAUAUGCAUCAGAAAGUCCAUAUAAGUGAAAUGACAAGCAAUAAAAAAAAGACCAUUGUAGCUCAUAGUUAACUUAUAUAUGUUAAGGAUCCAGCAUCUUAAAGAUAAAAAAAGACUCACUGAAAAUGUGGGCAAACGCUUUGGUUCUGUACCAUUUUGAAAGAGGAAAUCCAAAUAGCCAAUAAAUUCAUGACAGUGUCCAAACUCAUUACAUGUUAUAGAAAUCCCAGGAUACUGUAUCUGUAUGAGUAGUACAAGUGUUGACAGGUAACUAGUUGAUAAGCAACUGCAUUUUGUAGUCACCUGUCCUGUCUUCAAACCGAACUCUCCAAACUUAAGACUCAAAAGACGAAAAACUGUCUCGGAGAGGAAGCUGGGUUGCUUUGCAGAGCGUCUUUUCUAUGUUCUUCCUUACCCCCUAAUAAAAGCUCU